UGCAUGGUUAUAGUUCUUUGCAUUAGCAAAAUUUGCUCUUUAUUUCAUACACAAGCACACACUCACAUAUACACGUGCGCACAUAUCAAAGAUGGAGCCCUCAAUGCGUUUUGUUUCAGCUGCUUUCGUUCUCAUCUUGCUUUUGGUCACUACUGGGAUGGGGCCAAUGGCCGCUGAGGGAAGGAGUGGCAUGACUAGCAAGGGAGCAGCUGAGAAAAAGAAGUGCGAUUCUCAUCCGAGUAGCAAGUUCAAGGGAGUGUGCUUCUUCACAAACAACUGCGUAGACACCUGCAAAUUAGAGGGCUCCAGUGGAGGACAAUGCCGUGGCUUCCGCCGUAGAUGCAUAUGCACCAAACAAUGCUAAUUUCUUGUAUAAUAUUUUUUAAUCUGUGUGGAAGAAAUGAGCCUGUGGGCUGUGCUUGUGUAAUGAGAGAGAUUUAUUGAACCCUCUAUAAAUUGGGUUCGCUUAUGCUAAUUGAUUAAAUCAACCUGUUCCGACAUGGUUUCAUUCUUUA